UCUCUCUCUCUCUCUCUCUCGCACACGUUCAUACUAAAACACACAGUGAACUUGUGUUUGUUUUGUUUAUUAAAAAUGAGAACAAUGUUUUGUUGCUUUAUAAUUGUCUUGUUUCUGCACAUUCUUGGUUUGGUUGGUACAUCAACCCCACAUUUCCACCCGGAGACGAUCGAAAAUCAAAUUUCAAGGGUAAUGCAAAUAACUCAGAGCUCAAGCCAGGGACUUCAUAAAAGAAUAGAACUACAGCUACUGGAAGAAAAGAGGGCCAACAAGGAAAUUAAUAAAAUUGGGUCAGGCCCACCAAGCUGUGACCGCAAGUGUUACGGGUGCAGUCCUUGUGAGCCUAUUCAGGUGCCUACCACUACGGCCCAUGUAGGAGUCCAGUAUACAAAUUAUGAGCCAGAGGGAUGGAUGUGUAAGUGUGGGCCCACAUUCUACAGCCCAUAA